AUGUACCGAGAAAAUGGCCGAACGAUGCAGAUAACGAAUGCCGUCGAACAAGCCAAGAAAUUAGACGACCGCUCCGCCACCACGUUUGGCGAGAAACUCGAUCAGGUCUGCGACUUCGAUGUUGUCGCCAUGGCGGAGAAGGACUCUUGCUCCAUCGCGAUGGUCAUGAAGGAAAAGUAUGUGUUGGCGGCUAAGCGAGAGCUCAAGAACCAAGACCCGAAAUCGGCGCCAACUGACCUGGAGUGUCUACAGUAUAUCCUUAAGGAAAAGCUUCAUGGAAGCAUUGUGGCAGACAGCACAAGUGACGAAGUUAGCUGGUUCAAUGAGACGGAUCGGUUGCUUCAAGGUAUCGUGAGUAGCGAGCCCGGCAGGGGAGAUGGACACGGUCAAAUGGUGGUGAUGCGUGUGUAUGAAAAAGAGGAACAGCGUAGCAUGCAGCACUGCUUGCGCCAAGCGAUGGAAAAGCUCGAAAUCCAUGACGGGUCCCCCGACAUGCGUCCGCUGUUUUCCGUGGUGUCUGACAACGGCGACGGCAACACCAGCCUGUCAACAUGCAUCGAGCCGUACUUUCUGAACAACUUCAAUCUCUUAAAUGCCGGGGCUGGAGAAGGAACGUACACCCUGAAGGACAGGCUGGAAGAGCUGCAGGCCGGCCACGACCUGCGGGGCGGCCGCCGUACAGCGUCUCUCUCUUACGCCGACCUGCUGAACGUGCCGAUGAUACUCAUAUUGUGCGACAAGGGAAGAACGGGCGAUACGUUCCCGCACUCGCUUGGCUGCUUCGACCUGCGAAUUCGAACGGCCGAACAAAGCUUUGCAACCUUCGAACAGGAGCUCGGGCGCCUCUGCCGAUACCAAGCCUUCAUGCCAAUCGAUGGUGGCGAAAUAACGGAGUGUUCACACGUCCAGGCAAUCGCACUUGGCAAAAAGGCUUUCCAUCGCAAGCGCGUCCUGAAGGUAUCAAGCCCCUCUUCAAAGUUUUUGGGCGUCGCCAACACGUGGUGGGAGCUGGACGAAAUCUUAUCGGACAGGGCUCAGGGGCAUCCGAAAGUCCGUGUGGAGGAGAGCGCGUUCCGGCUGCCAACGAUGCUCAUCACCACGAGAGUGAUGGAUAUUGUCCACAAUGCCAUUAACGAACACAGAAAGACAAAUACGCCCAUCUCGAAGUGUAUACGAAUGGCACGUAUGGAUCAGCAUAUGCGCGGUUCGAUGGCGAAAGCAAAAAUCGGUGACCUCCACGACUACUGUAGGUAUCGGCCAGACGAAGGUCACUACGACAGUGGUAGGGACAAAACAUCCACAAGAAACGAGCGCCGUCUGGUUCUGUCAGCGGAGUGUCAAGUUGGCAAGACGGGGGCGUACCUUCACUACCUCAAAAUUCUUAAGAGAGCGGCCAGUCCUAUCGCUACCCCGCCGCCGCCGUUCCCCAUCGUUGCAUCGUCUGGGGAUGCUGUCAGCUGGCUGCUCCCACACUGGCGAACGCUCUCCAACAUGAGAACCCUGAGCGACAUGUAUGGUAGCCUCUUCGCCGGCAAAUACACGGCAGGAGUCGCGAAUAGCCGGGCGUAUCUCGUGGUGCAAAGUUGCAAGCGUGACGGGUGGGUAACCAACUUCCAGGAGUUCCUGCGCAAUGUGUUGGUGCACAAAGUGCAGGGUGAGACAAUCAAGAGUGAGGAGGGCAGAAGGCGCAUUGCAGGGUUGGAGCAGAGUCUAGAAGCCCCGUUCGAUGCGGAAGGACAGGCUAUAGGAACUGAGGCUUCGUAUGCAUCCCUAAAAGCGGCGAUUGACUGGGACGGGAGAUUUCACACCAAUCAUGGGGUACAGCUGUGCGUAUGCAGCGGUCAAUGUACACCUGCCUGCCAGGACAGCUUGGCAAAAUUAAAAGUUUCGUACGGGGCGGCGUUGUCGAUCAGAACGGCGGACCUGGCGGAAACAGGAGGCCGACUUGACGGGGUGAUUGCGCGGUGGGAAGCGGAUCAGGACAACUCCCAGGACAACUCCCAGGACGACUCCCAAGACCCUUGCGAGUUAGGAGAUGACUUUGUGGCGAAGCAGCCUCCGAAGGCCUGGAACAAAGGGAAUGGCAGCAAGGAAAGCAAACACCCCUUCCAAUACCGUGCAGACAGCGCGCUUCAAGGCCUUGCCGUGUCCACUCCGCACUCUUUCAAGGGGGGGAUAAAGGAGCUGCUCCGCAGCAAGGAAACGACGAGAUGGAUAUUUACGCCGUCGUUCAACCGAUUCCUCCCAGGCCCACGGCAGGCACUCUUGGAUCGAUCCCAAGCCCUGCCGAAACCCCUCGACGGUUUGGAUGUGGGGCCCAGGACGCACUUCGGGGAUCACUACGUGAUAAUGGAAUUGCCGAUGUCCAUGCCAAGCGACGAGUCGCCAAGCUCCAGGUGCUCUCCGGAAGAAGGGGGAAUCGGAUACACCCGGCAUUUCAUUCAGCGGUGGUCGCAGGCCAACGGAAUACCCUUCAUCUGGAUGCUGGACGACAAUGUCCAGCUGUGCCAUGAGCUCGAUGUGGGCAAAGAAGAAGCGAAGUACCAACCGUGCAGCUUCACCCAAGUCAUGAACUCCCUUGAACGACUCAUGUUUGCUGAAGAAAAAAAGGGAAUUCGCGUCUCAACAGCUUCAGAUAAGGAAGGCACUACAAGAGAUGUCCUCGAGUACGUGAAGGUUAACGGCGUUCGAGACGAGGCCUGUCCUCGCGAAUCAGACCUACUACGUGGGGAUACCCCGAAACAGCCACGUGCGGUUGACCAGAAGAUCACCACCGUGGGAGACUUGUGCGGUCGUCCUGGCCAUUACGGAGUUCUAGGCAUUGCAAGGCAUGGGUAUGGCUGCACAAACAACAAGGAGGUCAAGGAACCCUUCGGCGUGACCCACAGCGUGUAUUCCUUCUGCCUGCUGAACGUGGCCAGCACAGUCUCCAAGGGGGCAUGGUACCCAAUGAAACGGUUCUGGGAGGACAUCGAAUUCAACCACAUCAUCGACGAGAAAGGUCUGGUGGUAUGCAAGUUCCGAAAGUUCUCUCACUCGAAGAAAAACCUCCAACCCGUCCAGCCUCGCCAGCCUCGCCCGCCACCGACAUCCCCUCCGGCACGUCGGCCGCUGCUUGUCUCCUGUCCGGAGUUCCAGCAUGACGAUAUCGAUUUGGAUGAGCUGCAACGGAAGUACGAGAAAGGCUCAAACUGCGUUACAGACUUGAAUCACUUGGAUGGACUGCUGAAAUACCUCUCGGAACAUGUUCUACAACCCAUUCCCAUCGAGGAGGUAUGUUACCCCACCGGAGAUCUCGGGGUCGUCACCAUUGAUGGUCGUUCGUUCGAAAUCGAGCCUGCUGCGCCAGUGCCGGGCAACCCCCAACUCGCCCUCGAGCCUGGACACAACUCCCGAUCGAUCGUCAUCAUGCUGCUGGGAGGGAUACGAAACGAAAGCUUUGGUGUCCUUAAACUUAUCAUCAGGGACAAGCACAUCGGCAAAUGGCUCCAGGAGCAAACGGAGCAUGGAUGGGGCGUUAAGGUCAAGGCCACGAUAGUGCAGCCGAAAGGAGCUCGGGCCGGAGACGGGUUGCUGGUCCUGGCGUUCUCGUCGAGUAUUGACGAGCCUGAAGAAGAGGAGCACUUCUCAAUGGUAGGAACGGCUAGCGUACGUAUGGACCAAGCUUCGGCUUCUCCGCCUGGAACGUGCAUGGUGUUCCGCGUUUCCUGGAACCCGAACACUGACAAAAAACCGCAGUAG